ACCAUAGGAGAGAAGCAAAAGUCAUUAGCCAAGUUCAGACAACUGCACAUGUUUCUGGAGGAACAAGAGAAACACUUGCUGGCCUAGAUGGAAGAGGUGGAGAAGGAGGUAGCAAGGAACAGGGACCAGCACUUGGCUAGACUUUCUGAGGAACUUUCCUCUCUGGAAAGCCUCAUGCAGGAGAUAGUGGAGAAGAGUCAGCAGCCGGCUGGUGAUCUCUUGCAGGAUGUCCAAAGCACCUUGCAGAGGUAUGAAGAAAAGGAGAUCUCUGAGAAUCCAGUGACUUUUCCUCUUGCAUUGAAAUGGAGGAUCUUGGACUUCUGUGACAUCAAUCACUUGCUGGAAGGUGUCAUGAAGCAGAUGAAAGCAAAUGUGACUCUGGAUCCUGACACAGCCCAUCUCAAACGCAUCCUCACUGAGGAUCGGAAAAGUGUAAGAAAAGGAGAAAAGGCUCAACCUCUACCCAACAAUCCUCAAGAGAUUUGA